AUGUUCUCGUCAUGGCAACAGACCACAGAAAAUACUGUGAGGCCUAUUGCUAGGAUCAGCAAUCUGAUUCAGGAGGAUGCAGAGUUCCAAGAUCAAAUUCAUACCAUCCUCGAGGCUAGCAUACAAGGAACUGACGGGUUCUGUGAAGUCACCCACGCGUUCACUAAUAGUGACUUUACUAUCAUGACCAACUACUUCCACAUUCACAGUGAAGAUCUACCAGCUGGUCAUCCUAUUGUAUGGUCACAGAGAUUUGGUUCUUUCACAAUGGCCGACGGUGAAGAAGUGAUUGCGCUCCAAAGUCGAAUUGAAACAGCAGUACGAAACCAGUAUGUGGAACAUUUAGGGGAGGAGUUGGACAAGCUUCAAAGCAGUCAUAAUACCAUUCAAUCAGAUGACGAUUUCACAGUAGCAAGCAGGAUGUCCAAUGACUAUAUACAGGGCACACGAGCUCUACUACUACAAUGUAGACGACCAUCCGGUGAGGACAUUUCAUUUGACCUCAGUGUCCCAUCACAAACCAACACAUAUGACCCGUUACAAGAGUUGAAUCAAGCCCACCAGACAGAUGUAGAAGCAGACAAGAUUUUCAGCUCUGGCAGGAUGGCAAGACAUCGGACUGUGCUGGAUGUUGGAGCAUGUUUGAGGGGUAAUACACCAAGAGAGGUUCACUUGAAUGAUGAUGACGGAAUGCAUUGGAUGAGCUCUGACUUCUCUUUUCUGACUUGUUGUGAUCACACCCAUCCGUUCUCACACCCCAAGUUCUGGGCAAUGAGUCUACCUCCCGAUAAUAUACACAAAUGGUUGAUUGAUCCAAAAUACUGGCCAGAGGUGUUUUACAUCCCUGCAGCAUCACAAAAGUCAACAGAACCGCUGACUUUGCAACUAUAUACUUCUCCUCCUCAGCAAACCUCGAGACGCUCUUUGAAUUUCACAAUUGUUCCUUCCUCUCCCAUCAGUCUUUCGGAAGACAGUAACCCAUCAGAUGAGAUUCUGUUCAAUCCGUCUACUAGUCGAUCCGUGGCCUCAAGGGGAUGGAGUCCAAACAAUUAUCAAGGUCCAACAUCGCACUUUGACGAAAACUACUCUACUUCCACAAGACCGGAUGUUUGGCCAUGGCCAACUACCAACACUGGACCUGAUCCGAUUACUGAGAACGUGGGGACAAGUGACGACCUAUACUCCGAUUUUUCGACUCCCAAUCCAUCUUCUACUCGUCGUCGAAGCUCUGUUAGACGAUCGUCAAGAGACUAUGAUACCGAUUCCGAUGAGAAAAUUGAUAACGCACGCUAUACCAACUGGCCAUGGCUCAGAAAGAAGGAUGACAAUACCAACCCCGCCGAAAGUGAAGAAAUCUAUGAGGUCAAGGAAGCGCCUGGGUUAAUAUCUUUCAAGUCAGACGGGUUGAUCCGUGUGGAACAUAACGGAUGCAAAACCAGAUCUUUUGGCAAUUGUAAAGCAAAACUCGUGGGUCACACUGUUUUGAUUGUUAUGAUCACUGCUGAGAGUAGAGACCAAGAUAUGCAUGAUACCUGCGCGAGGCCUGUGGGUUUCCAAGUCACAUGCGUUCGGCAGGUAUUCGCGCUCUCGGAACUAGGAACUAGGAACGUCGAAUCGGAAGAUUCGACCAUGGGAUGGUCACAUAGGACCCUCGGAUGGUUGGCAACCCCCAAACCAACCCCUCAGGGCGAAACCUGA